GCCCCUGGUUUAACGCAGGCAGCCACUGGUUAGAAAUAUUUCAACGCCAAUUGUCAGAUUUUUGGCAUGAACAUCAAAAUAUUUAACCAUUUUUUACGAAUGAUUUGUGUUUUGUUAGCGUACAAUUUACACCCUGAUUGGAAAUAGUGGCCGCGUUCAUUCCCAUCGUGAUUUACUAUUAAUCAGUGCUUCAUUCCGGCGUUUAGUGUGCGCAAUAAUUAGCUAACAUUGAACGACAGUACAAAUUUGAAUUGCUGGGAGCUUCCUGACCCAGCCCAAAUACUCCCAGUUCCAAAUAGAUCCAAACUUCUAUGUAUAGAGUUUGUCGCUUUUAAAGUAGAUAGUAAGAGGAAAAUGUCUUCGGGCCGCCCUAUAAAGUGUGUGGUAGUUGGUGAUGGAACAGUAGGAAAAACGUGUAUGCUAAUAUCAUACACUACAGAUAGCUUUCCAGGGGAAUAUGUUCCCACGGUAUUUGACAAUUACUCGGCCCCCAUGAUAGUAGAUGGAAUAUCUGUAAGUUUGGGACUUUGGGACACAGCUGGACAAGAAGACUAUGAUAGACUGCGGCCACUAUCCUACCCUCAAACCGAUGUGUUUUUGAUUUGCUUUAGUGUAGCGUCGCCUUCUUCAUUUGAAAAUGUAACAUCCAAGUGGUAUCCAGAGAUCAAGCACCACUGUCCGGACGCUCCGAUGAUACUUGUCGGAACCAAAAUUGAUUUAAGGGAUGAUAGAGAGACUCUAAACAAUCUGGCUGAUCAGGGAUUGAGCCCCAUUAAAAGAGAGCAAGGACAAAAGCUGGCAAACAAAAUUAGGGCCGUUAAGUACAUGGAAUGUUCAGCGUUGACUCAACGCGGGUUGAAACAGGUAUUUGAUGAGGCAGUAAGAGCCGUGCUCAGGCCUGAGCCGCAAAAGAGGCGUCAACGUAAAUGCAUCCUAAUGUAAUCAUCCGUUUUGUGAAUUUCUAUUUUAGUAAGUUAUAUUUGUCUUGAAGCAGAAAGUGAAUUUGUCGAACAGUAUGCCGGGUGUUUUGGAAUGUUCUGUACAGAAGAACUGGCGGGUACUAAUUUUGCCUGUUUUAUUACUAAAAGUCUCACAGACACGCAAAUAUGAUUUUUCCAUUUUCCCUGAAGAAUCAGCAUGUUGUUUCCUUUGUACGUAAUAUUUACGAACACCCUGUAUACCGCCAGCAGCAAUUGGUUGUUUCGUUCACAGCUUGAGCUACUGUGAAGUUAUACAAAGUAUGAAAUAAUCAUAAUCAAUGCCCUGAAGAAAAAUAUUUUUGCAGCUAACUUUCCAAAGCAACAUAUUUAAAUUUAGAGCCUCUUUUGAAAGGAAAAUCCAAAUCCGUCCCUUUACAGGUUGUUUCAGGUGUUCGCUUUGUAUAACUUUCCUUAGCUUUUGCCUUCGUAAAAAUUUCAGAACCACUUCAGAAAAAUCAAGUCUGAUAUUCUAGUUUAUAAGUUUUGCUGCACAUUUUUCAUUAUAAAUGAACGUGUACAUGUUUUGGGGGUCGUUUGAAUGAAGAAAUUUGGGCCUUAAAGUUUCGUUCGAAAAAUUUUCCAAAGUUGUUUCAAUAUUACCCGCCUCGAAAUAUGUACCCGCGUUCGUUUAUAGCCCAUUGCAAUGCAGCUGAAUUAAAUUAAUUGCGUUUUUGUUUUCUGAAUGUAUUCAAUUUGCAAAUCAAAAAUGUAUAUAUGAUAACGGUGGCUGUACGGUCACAGAACUGUUCUGAAAAGUGGCGAGAGGUUUGAUACAUCUGCCAAAGAAAAGUAAACUAAUCCCUAUUUUUUAGAGUGUUAUUUGUUUCUUUAUUUAGACUUAUUAAUUAUCUCGAAUGUGCAUUUAUGCUUUCGCUACAAUUAAGUAUAUCUUUCUAUUAAGGGUGCGAUAAAGUGCAUUUAUUUUCGAUACGAUUUCUUGUUACAUUUUCAUUGAGAAUUAGCAGCAUUUUAACAUAAUGUUUUUACAAUCGUUGAUUUCAAACUAGUUUCGCUUUGUGUUUGAAGUGACCGGUUUAUAAAUUACGGCUUUCCAAAUAGUUUAAAAUCCAUUCAUCUCUACCGACUGUUUUAGAGCUAAAGUGACAAAACUCCUGGAGAGUGCGGCUUUUGCGUCCUCAAAUUUUUGCUCUUGCUAAAACCAACCGCAUCUUUUUGCUCUUGCUAAAAAAACUUUUUUUUAACGUUUACUACGCGCAAUGUGCGCCAGGCUUUGGUCGUUUUAACUCUAAAACACCUCUGAUGUACAUAACAAAAAUAAUACUCACUACAAUUUGAAGCUACAGCCAAACACACCACUCUAUUGAUGUCAAAAACGUGUUAAAUGCUACAGUAAACAUAUCGAAUAUUUCAUCGAAUCGAUUUGAGUUUUGCAAUGUUUGUGAAUGUUUCUUAUUUUUAUUCGCCGUGUGCCAUUUUGUCUUUAGUCCUACUUUUACAAAGAUCUGCUACAACAUCGCAUAAUAAAUAGCCUGCUUCAGCUCCAUAUUUUUCAUAUUCGGACACGAGCAAAGCCUUGCAAGUCAAUUGAAAGUGUUAUUCGAAUUAUAUUUGUUUUUCGUGUGGGUACAAUAAUGGGAGAGACCUUAUUAAUUGAAUUUAAUUAACUUCUGUUUUUUUAGUUUUUUUCUGCUUUAGGCUUUUGAUUAAAAUUAGUUUUCCAGAUGAUUGCAUUUAAUUAGUUGCCCAAUUAUUGUUUGUUUUUCGUCCAGAUAUUAUUUGUCUAACAUUGCUUGUUUAUAUUUUGUAAUUUUAUACAAAUCAAUCUAAAUAUUAGGAAUUUCAUCAUUGUUCUUUAGGUGACUUUUGUUGCGACCAAAGUAAUAUAUUGUAAUGUUCUAGUCACAACCUAAAAUAAGAAGCUCCUUGUAUUUGCACAAUAAUAUACCGAUUUUUUUAUUGCAACCUUUUUAUCACAUUUUACUCAUGCAGUUACAUUUUAUUGAAUAUUUAAAGAAAAUAUACUGUAAUUUGGU